AUGGUUAGUAUUACUGACUUUUUUGUUAAAGGUAACGCCAAAGGUGCUGCCAGGAAGAAGAAGAACGAUGAUGGUGGUGACACGAAAAAAACAACUAUCGAUAUAAUCGAUCUCGAUGACAGUGACUUGGACAUUGCUGAAGUGAAAUCUCCAGUUAAACGUGAGAGCAUCGUAAUUGAUACUCCUCCAUCUGUUAAGAAACAAAUCGAUAAAGUGAUCAAGAAGGAAGAAAAGCCACCAUCUAAGGUCCCAGUAAAAAAUAAAUCAUCGAAUGCAUCAGUUACCGCAGCAGACGUUUUGGCUACAAUCCCAUCUGUUGAUUUAUCAGAGGUUCAUAUUAAGGAAAAUGUUAAAUUUGAUUUUCGUGCAGCUGCUAUUUCUGGUGAUUCAGAGGUGAGCACUCAGGGUGAUUUUCCUGAAGGUCAGGAUAAUUGUCUAUUAGGACUAACUGUUGUCUUUACUGGUGUUCUACCAACGAUGGAGCGUGGUGCAGCAGAAAAUAUAGCAAGAAGAUAUGGUGCGAAGGUUACUAAAUCUAUAUCCGGUAAGACCUCUUUCGUUGUAUUGGGUGAUGAAGCAGGUCCAAAGAAAGUAGAAAAAAUUAGACAACUUAAAGUUAAGGCCAUCAAUGAGGAUGGUUUCAGGAAAUUAAUAGCCGGUAUGCCUGCAGACGGUGGAGAUGGUGACGCUGCUGAGAAGGCAAGAUUAAAGAAGCAGCAAGAAGAAGCGCGGGUGUUGAAAGAAGCAAAUGAAAUGGCUGAAGAGGCUGAAGAGAAGGAAUUGAAAAUUAAACAAGCAAGGUUAUCUGGUGAUUUUGUUAAGAGAGAAGACUUGAUUAGAGAACAAGACAAACUUUGGACAGUCAAAUAUGCCCCAACAAAUACGAAUCAAAUAUGUGGUAAUAAAUCGAGUGUUAAUAAGCUUAAAAAUUGGUUAAUCAAUUGGGAAGCUUCAAAAGCAUCAAAUUUUAAGAGUCCAGGUAGAGAUGGAUCUGGUAUUUUUAGAGCAGCCAUGCUAUAUGGUCCACCGGGUAUAGGUAAAACCACAGCCGCUCACCUCAUUGCUAAAGACUUAGGUUAUGAUAUUUUAGAACAAAAUGCUUCUGAUGUACGUUCUAAAUCACUGUUAAAUGCAGGCGUUAAGAACGCCCUUGAUAAUAUGUCUGUUGUUGGUUAUUUUAAAAACAAAGAUGAUGUAAAUGAUGUGAACGGUAAAAAAUUUGUAAUUGUGAUGGAUGAAGUUGACGGUAUGAGUGGUGGUGAUAGGGGUGGCGUGGGUAUACUAGCUCAAUUCUGUCGUAAGACUUCUACACCAUUGAUCUUGAUUUGUAAUGAGAGAAAUCAACCUAAAAUGAGGCCAUUUGAUAGAGUUUGUUUAGACGUUCAGUUUAGAAGACCUGAUGCAAAUAGUCUAAAAGCAAGAUUGAUGACAAUUGCAGUAAGAGAAAAAUUUAAACUAGAUCCUAAUGUGAUUGAUAAAUUAGUCCAAGCUACUAGAGGUGAUAUAAGACAAAUUAUUAAUUUACUUUCAACAAUAUCUAAAACCUCUAAAAAUAUUGAUCACACAAAUAUUUCAGAAAUAUCAAAAUCUUGGGAAAAGAAUAUAGCUUUAAAGCCUUUUGAUAUUGUUCAUCAAAUGUUAAGUGGUAGAAUAUAUUCCGAUCUAGGGGCUAAUACAUUUACACUAAACGAUAAAAUUGCAUUAUAUUUUGAUGAUUUUGAUUUUACACCAUUAAUGGUUCAAGAAAAUUACUUAAGUACAAGACCGUCAGUGUUAAAACCGAAUGAAAGUCAUUUGGAAGCAGUUGCCCAGGCUGCUGAUGCUAUAUCUUUGGGUGAUCUUGUAGAAAGAAAUAUUCGUUCAAGUGAACAACUAUGGGGUUUAUUACCAUUACACGCUGUAUUAUCCUCGGUACUGCCUUCAUCUAAAGUUGCCGGUCAGUUUGCCGGCAGAGUUAAUUUUACUGGUUGGUUGGGCCAAAAUUCUAAACGUAAUAAGUAUUACAGAUUAUUACAAGAAUUGCAAUAUCAUACACGUCUAAGUACAUCCUCGAAUAAGAUCAGCCUUAGGUUAGAAUAUAUGUCAACAUUUAAACAUAGACUACUGGAUCCGAUAUUGAAAGAUGGAUCAGACGGUAUACCAUCUGUUAUUUCUUUGAUGGAUGAUUAUUAUUUAACAAAAGAAGAUUGGGAUUACAUCAUGGAAUUCAUGGUCGGACCUGAAUCCACAGAUUUGUUACUGAAAAAAAUUCCAAGUACAGUUAAGAGUGGUUUUACAAGAAAGUACAAUAGUACUACACACCCUGUUGCCAUUUAUAGAGCAGGUGUCAGUACAACUGGUAGUACAACAACAGUGAAACCUGAUUUUGAAGACGUGGUGGAUGCAGAUGAUUCUGUACCAGCAACUGAUGAUACCGAGGACGGAAAGGACGACGAUUUAAAGAAAGAUAAAUUAAUCAAGCAGAAAAAAGCACCUGUCAAGAGAAAAGCAUCAUCCACAGCUACCAAGAAAGGAGCUGCCAAAAAGAAAAAGGCAUAG